AUGAAGGGGCUCUUCUCCCCUCGCCGGAGCAUUGGGGCUCCAACCAACCCUUCGCCCGCGCCGCCGCCCAAGAAAGAUCCCCAAACACCACAGGUGUCCCCGCUAGAGAAGCGACUGAAGGAUAUGGGGCCGAUUCGUGGCGAUGGUAGCGACAAGUUUUUUGGCAUGGAAAACUAUGGAAACACCUGCUAUUGCAAUUCGAUUCUGCAAUGCCUUUACUACUCUGUUCCCUUCCGCGAGGCUGUGAUCAACUACCCGCAGCGCACGCCCGUUGAGAGCCUCGAGGCCGCCCUCGCUCAGAACCUCCGAUAUCAGAACCCUAAUGCGCAUUUAGAGGCCGAGGCACAGGCAGCCAAGCAGAAGGCUGCUGCCCCGUCGCCAUCAGCGCGCCAGGCGGGUGUGCCUCCCAACCAACCACAGAAGCCCGAAGAUAAGGACUCGCCCGAAUACAAGAAGAAGGUUGCACUCCAGACGCUUCCAUUGAUGGAGACGAAGAACAAUGCUGCCAGUUACGGCAUGUCGGAAUCUCUUUUCACGUCCCUGAAGGAUAUCUUCGAGUCUCUGGUGGGUAGCCAGUCCCGGAUUGGAGUGAUCCGGCCACAUCAAUUCUUGGAUGUGUUGCGGCGGGAGCAUGAGAUGUUUCGCACGGCCAUGCAUCAGGAUGCCCAUGAGUUUUUGAAUCUCCUGCUGAAUGAGGUGGUCACAGGCUCAAAGUCUCCAAACACCACCAGAUGGGUGCAUGAACUGUUUGAAGGAAUUUUGACUUCGGAGACCAAGUGCUUGACUUGCGAAAAGGUCUCCCAGCGCGAUGAGGUGUUCCUGGAUCUUUCGGUCGACCUGGAGCAGCAUUCAUCCGUAACCGCUUGUCUUCGAAAAUUCUCGGCGGAGGAGAUGCUUUGCGAGCGGAACAAAUUCCACUGUGACAACUGCGGUGGCCUCCAAGAGGCUGAGAAGCGUAUGAAGAUCAAGCGCCUCCCCAGAGUGUUGGCCUUACACCUCAAGCGCUUCAAGUACACGGAGGACUUGCAACGACUACAGAAGCUCUUCCACCGGGUCGUCUACCCAUACCAUCUCCGCCUGUUCAACACGACUGACGACGCCGAGGACCCGGAUCGGCUUUACGAGUUGUACGCCGUUGUCGUUCAUAUCGGAGGUGGGCCUUAUCAUGGCCAUUACGUUGCGAUUAUUAAAACUGAGGAUCGUGGCUGGUUACUGUUUGAUGACGAGCUGGUAGAACCAGUCGACAAAAACUACGUCCGGAACUUCUUCGGUGAUCGACCCGGUUUGGCCUGUGCGUACGUUUUGUUCUACCAGGAGACCACGCUCGAGGCUGUGAUGCGAGAGCAAGCUCAGGAGGACGCGGCAAAUAGCGCGGCCGCAGCCGAGGCCAGCGACCUUGGGAAGACUAACGGAUACUCGACAUCGCCAAACAAUUUGGUCCAAGUGCACAGCGCCAGUUUCGUUCCUUCGGAGGAACAGCAUCGGUUUACUCCCAUCAGCAAAAUGACCACCGCCCCUCAGCUGGAGCCUCAUUACGAACAGCCCGAGUCCGAUUCGUCCUCGCAACAACAGCCCGUUCAACCCGCACAGCCUCAACCUCCAUUGCCAUCAAUCCCUGAUGAGCAGCCCCCGGUUCUGAGCGCGAAGAAGAGUGACGUGCAGUCAAAGAAGGAGAAGGCUCGUGAGGAGAAGGAGCGUCGCGCAGCGGAGAAAGACCGGGAGAAGAACGAAAAGGCUCGCCGCAGAGAGCUCGAGCUGCAGCACCAAAUGGAGGCCAGACGUGAAGCCGAGGAACUCCGAAGGGCGAUCGAGGCCAGCAAGGCGGAUGCUGAUCUCGGCCCCGAGAAUGGGUCACCUAGAAAAUCCUCCAGCUUCAGUUUCCUUCGCCGCAGCAGUCGCAGCCUGAGCCAUCGCCUCGGCAAGGACAAAGAGCCCCGAGUGUCAACUUCGGAUCUGGUGCCCACACUGGUUCCCGAGGCCCCGGUCCAGGAAGCAGCAGAUCUUGAACAGUUCGGGGUAUCGCCAAAGGAUACGUCUCCUCUUUCCAAUCCCAAGUUGGCCUCGCGAGUUCCUGUGCCUCCACCGGCACCCAAGGACACCAAGGAAUUCAAGAACGAAAAGACUGGCCACACUCACCGAUGGAGGUCUCUCAGCUUCAAGAAGACAGCAUGA